AUGGAACGGAUUGUGAUCUUUUCUUCGCUCGUCGUGUUCUUGGCGACUUCUGUUUAUGCUGGACGAAGCGUUUCAUCUUCGCCUGAUGAAAAUAAGCUGGCAACGACAUCGGAAGCAGCCCUUGAUAAUAUUAUGGCUGAUCUAAUAGCAGCCUACCAACAAAGACUUCUAGCAAGACGAGAUACUACUAACAAACCAGUGCCACAUGGGAAUUAUCCAGAAAUUCGGAAACGCAUAGCAACUGCUGCUUCUCAUCAUCAUCAGCACUCAAGUAAUAGUCCCAUCAGCACCAACAGCAAAAUUAAAGCCCAACGGAAUUAUCCCAGCAACAACAGCAGGAACAAGAGACAGCAGGGUUAUGGACCUGCUCAUCCCCCAUCAUCAGGACAAACAGGACUCGCUGCUGCUGGACCCGUUUACACAUUCAUGCGAACUGAUCUCGCGGGGAAUUACAAAUGGGGCGUGAGGCACAGCAUUCGCUAA